UCGUGCGUCUGUUCUCUAAUAGAUCAUAGGCGAGAACCAAUCAAAAUGCGCAGAUAACUUGGGUUAUUAUAAAAUGUGAUGUAGAUCGCGACUUUUCGUUUGAACACUGCUAGUCUUCAUCGGACGAUGAUGUCGGCUGGUUAUGCGAUAGCUUUAAAGCACGAUGCUCCGCUGUGAUUGAGAGAUUUUCAACAGCUGUGAUUGGCGCAUUUCGAUCCUCGCGGUUGUUCUCUCGGCGGUCCGCUGACGCACGGCUCUCCUGCAACCUCGUUCCCAGGGUCUCUCAUCUUAUCGCCCCCCUAGAGCGGUAAGAUGAGAGACCCUGGGAACGAGGUUGGCUCUCCUGUUGUUCCUCCUUGAUUGUAGGAUUGAAAACGAAGUUGGUAUAAACGGGUGUUGAGACUAAGACUUGUCCCCUCCUUACGCGUUGUAAAAGUGAAGCACUUGAAGUACUCAGUCUCCUUGGUAGACAGCACGUGAACGUGUGAAUCAUUCAAAAAAGUACUCUAAUCCCAGCAUUGAAAUUGGAUCACUUUAUUAGAAUCGUGCAGACGUUUUCUGGUCGCCAAGUUCUGCACGUGACAUCUACACCGCCACAGCAGAAAACGCAGCUGCUUCUUUAACGUGGAACAAACGAUUGCUACUGCUCAUAGGCGUUUAAAGGGAACAACAUCAUCGUUCUCUACCCCAGAUCCGACCAUAACUAAAAGGAUUCCACAUUCCCCGGGGUUGUCCCGGAGGAAGAUGAAUUCCCCGUUCCGGACAACAAGACUGAUUUCCAAUGCCCUACUCUGGGGCUCUAUGGUUUCCUUUUUGUCCAAUCCAUGUUUCCUGAAGAACUUGAAGAGAUGCUUUCCGACGACAUCGCAAAAUACUACCAUCCACUCCUCGAAAAAGAAAAACACGUCCACACGAAAGUUCAUAAGACAUGUUAGAUUCUGCCCAAAGCAACAGCCGAUCUUCUUGAGUUCAGUGCCCUAUAAAAGGCUCUAGACCUGCUCACGUACGUACGGCCCACGUUUGGCUUUACAGAUGAAAUAAAAGAUCGUGAGUAUUGAAUCCGACCAUAAUCUCGUUUUCUACUUUCCUCGCUAUUCACAUACGCUCCUUGAAAGGAAACCGUGGUCAGCCAUUUUUGACUAUACUUGACGUAGAACAUACAACGACUACCGGUUUAUUAAGACGCAUAGUAUGUAACUCCAUCAACUAGGGAGGCUAAUUGAAAUUGCCCCUACGCCUCAGCUGUUUCAAUUCAAUGGUGAACUGUACGAACAAAAAGACGGUAUAGCCAUACGGGGUCCUCAAUGGGCUUUUCGUGAUCUGGGAUUUGGCUUAUUUGAAGGCAGGGAUUCAGGAUUAUGUAGGAACAAGGGCGCCAAAUUUCGCUGUAUUGAACGGAAAAUGGGAUUUGGCGAUGGAAGCGGGUUGCGAGAAAUCUCACUUUAAAGAGCCAAGAUUCGGAACACCCGGGAACGAGGAAUCAGAAAUGACUUACUUAAGAAUUUUGCAUGGGAGCCAUCCCGUUAUAUUGCCAUGGCACGUGAUGAUAUGCACUUGUAAAGGUUGGUUUCCAUUUGAUCGCUCAAUCGCUGCAAUCAUAUGAAAAUCCUCUCAUUUGAGUGUUACCAUCUCCGACCGACAAGUUUUAUCCGACUUAACAGCUUGAUCCGACUGAAAUGAUCGGGAAGACAGGCGUUACCACACAAUAGAGGCAAAAAAACAAGAAACAGAACAAAGAAAACAAAAUAAAACGAGCUAGAAAAAAGAAAUGACUUACUGACGUAACUUGACUCAUUUGAAACUGAUCGUGAAAACAAAUCAUCGAAAAUGAACAAUAUCAUCAUUUUGGUGGAGAGAGAGAUACUGACAGACAAUUGAACCUGGCAGUUAGUGCUUGGGCCUUGAUUGAAAAGAAAAUUUAUGGUCGGGAUAGCGGGAUUGAAUACCCUAUUGGGAACCUUCGCCAUAAGCUCACCACUUGGGCCACUAUUGAAUCUGAUUUAUUAAUGUACCAAGAACAUUGUAGAUUUCACAAGAUCCAGGUGUGCACAUAGAAUCAACUCAGUUGAAAGAUCAGCUUUCAGCCAAUCACCUCCGAAAAAAAAUACAUACAAUCAGUCAUUGGGAUGAAAACAUAAAGCAGCCCCUUUUUAACGAGCAAGAAAUUAUCACAUGAUCUCAGUGUCAAGGAAACUAAGCCUCCGAUCGUAAACACACAAUGCGUUCUUCGUCUUUUUCAACUUGAUUUGUGUGAUGCAAAUUAUGUUGGGUGUACUUCACGCCACCUGCAUGCGCAUCAGCUAAUCAGUGAACAUCGUUUUUGCACCAUUGGAAAACAUCUCAUUACUGGCGAUUCUCUGGCAUCCAGGCUACUUUUCGUUAGAAUAAAAACGGCCAAACUCUGGAACCCUAUUUCGGACAAAGACGACACCUGACCAGAGGAUUAGAUCAAGGACUCUCUCUUCCCCAGGGAUACAGACCCGUCUCUUUCUUUUGCGUAAUAAAAGCAGAAUACUCUGGUAGACACUAGUACUUAUCGGCCAAGAUCUCUCAAUCGAUGAAACAUGGCUUUUUUUAUCGAAAUAAAUGCCACAUGCUGAGUCGUUUGUACAAUUGAGACUGUGCUUUUCCGCUAAUUUAGCGGAACCUUUGAUAUAUCAAUAAAAAGCGCCGUGGUCGAUAAUGAAAAAUGCGAGUAGCUUUUUUUAACUUACUUCCUGUUUUUGUAUUAAAUAAUUCAGUUUAGAAUAACAACCUUUUUAUGCGAAAAUUUCAGCAUGCUGAUUGGCUGAGGCGGCACGUCAAUGAAUCCCAAACAGUGCAGAAAGCUGAAAUUGAGUGCAAAAAGUUCAAAUUGAGUGUAGAAAGUUGAAAUUAAAUUGCAUCUUUAUUGUUAACAAGUUAUCGCUCGUGCAAUUUUUUAGUCUGAAAAUUUUACUUCAGCUUAUUUAAUUAAAAUUCAACUCGAAGUCAUGUGAUUAUAGAAACGAACAAAACAAACGAUCUCCUUCAAAACAACAUUAAUUGAAGUUCCGCAAUCAAGUCUUGGUUUGUAUAUGAUGUAUAAUACGUUCACUGAAAUGUCACUUUCGGGUGUUUUAGCAUAAUGCGUCAGUCACACGUUUACUGAUUGGUGAGCAAAUAUAGCGAAUGAUAUUGUGAAAGCAGGCCAACAUUCGACGUGAGAGAGAAAACAGAAAUAUUAACGCUAAAUUCUGACAUGUUUUGGUUAGUCAUAUCGAAGUGUUAUUCAUUCUUAUUAUGAAUACGUCAAAUGGAACAAUUCCCGCAGGAAAAUCAAAUUGUUAUUUUCUGGAGGUGAUCCUGUUUGAGGCCAGUUCUCGCACGUUAUAUAUCACAACCGUGUUUACAAGCCUAAUAAACGCCGUAUCCUUAAUGGUCGCCGUCGUCGGAAACAGCAUAAUUCUGACUGCAGUCCUCAAGACCACAGCUUUACGGACUUGUUCGAAUUUUUUUCUUGGCAACCUGGUUUUAUCAGAUUUAUUUGUAGGGCUCAUGGUACAACCACUGUUUGUCCUUUACAAGACAGGAGAAGCACUGGGGAAGUAUUCAUGCCUUGCACAUGCAUUGUUUUCAACAAGUGCUUGGCUUUGUGCCGGUGUGUCGUUCUUGACCUUAACUGCUUUAAACUGCGAAAGGCAUAUUGCUAUCUUCUCUUCUCUAAGGUACAAGAGUUUGGUGAAACCACGAAGAGUUCUGAAGAUUUCAAUGGUCAUUUGGUUAUUGUCCUUAUUGCUUGUUUCGUCGCGAUUCUUCGGCCUCAGCAACGUUGUUUUCUAUGUCAUCUGUUGCAUUAUCAUCGUUGUUAGUUUGCUGACUUUUCUUGUCAUAUCAAUUCGAAUUCACCGCGUUGUUCAGCGCCAUCGAAUGCAAAUUGCUACUAGCCAUCAGGUUAAAGAAGGGCAAAGUUGGCAAAGACAAGCCCGAGAGGCAGUGCAUGCUAGAAACGUAGCAUGGGUGACGUUUAUCUUCUUCCUAUGUUACUUACCAACCUUAGCUGUUAUGAUAGCAUAUACUGUCGUUGGAUACACCGCCACGUUAAAAACUGUCUACCUUUGGUCUGAUACGCUUGUUUUUCUUAACUCCUCAAUCAAUCCCGGCAUCUAUUGCUGGAGGAACAAAGGCAUAAGAAAAGCUGUCUUAAAAGUCCUUAAACUAAGAACAGAGUCUACAGUACAACCUGAGUAUGAUCGACGGUCGAGAAGUGCCGCCGUGAUUAACAGUACUGAUCCAAUCGACGUUUUGCCCAAAGGUUCUAACAAACGUGUUCCGAAAGAAACGUCUUUUUAAAAAUGUAAAAAUCAACAGGGAUGAGGACAGAUAAUUUGCCGCAGGGCAUCUGCCACAUUACUUGAAGCGCUUACGUAAUAAUACGGGAAAGCUAAGAUAACGGAGCACAAUAACUUGCGCCAGUUUAUCGAUUGAUAUUGUUGCAACUGGUGUUUCAUCAUUCGUGGACUGAUUUACUUCUUCUGCUGUUCAUCGAGCCUCUCCGUACUAAAGCGCUGAAAUACAUUGCUGACCAAAUAUCGCGGUUAAACGAUACAAAAGUUGAAAUUUUCAAAUGAAUUUUUACAAAUUAGUCUGAUCGCACUUGAAAAUUAGAUUCACCCGAAAUAACAUCGAUCGUACUUCAUAUGUUAAGAGUUUCAAAUUUAUAUCACACGCCAACUGUUAAUUUUGUCCAUGUUUGAUAUACGACAUAAUGUUUCUACACGAAAGUGUAACUUGACAAAAUCACCCUAAGUGAGGCACGUCUCAAUGCCAUGAUAUGAGAAACUGUUCCUGUCGCGCGCAUUUGAUGUCAAGUGCUUCAAAGUCAACAGGAAAGACGACGUAUUUUAUGUUUUCAAUUUCGCGGCAAAAAUAGGCGCCUUAAACUAGAUUGGGUUGAAUUAUGGGCUUGAUAUAUCUGCUGAAAAUGGCCUAUUGUAAUCAAUGCAUUAUUCUAAAUUUGGAGCAGGGAAACGAAGCAGAAAGUCGCUUAAAAUGUGUGCAAGACUUUCCGCAACGCAAUAUCAAACAGCCAAACACUCGAGAAUCAGUGGAGCUAAAAAGAUCUCGCACGAUAUCACGUUUUUCGUCUUCUAUGGUCUUCCAUUAAGAAUAACUACCGAUUUUCAGGAUUGCGUGCUUUAAAUUAAAUCGUUUUGUUUUUUCUCACAGUGCACGAAAAAGAUAGCGGUCGUUCUGAUCUGUCAUGUAAUUUAUUUCUGGUAAAGGCGGCGAGCCUCGACUACCACUACUAAUGACUUUAGUUUAUUACCUUUUAAAGUAUAAUUCAUUUAUCAAUUCGAGUCCUACACGGAUAAAAUAUUACCAACACAGAGCUCCCACGAAACUUGAUAUAUUAUUAAUAUAUUUUAGACGUAUGUAUUUAUAUAGUUUUGACAAGACGUCAAUAAAUUUGGCUAACAGUGUUGGUAGGUGGAAAUAAGUUUGUUAAAAGAAGCACAACACACAAACCAACAACUCUUCUACGUAAGUGCACCGGAAAAUUUAUCACCUUUUUGUGAUUAAUGGUGAUCUGUUUAAGAAAACAACAAAUGAAAGUCGUUUACAAAUAACGCAAAUCAAAAUUAUUAAAUUUCGGAAGAGUAGUGGUCGCUUUAUAUGUAGCACUUCUUCCAUAUGAAUUUUAGACAUUGUUUUUUUUUUUAAUUCUGGGUUUCAAAAAUGCGUGCGAUAAAAGAAAAAAACUCCCUAAAAAGACUCAAUUUGAAACUUUCUUGUCGUUGGAGCAUAAAAUGCAAUAACGUUAUAUUACGCAGUAAGCCAACUGCGUGAACAACGACAGGUGAAAAAAUAUAGAGAAAGUAAAUGACAUUAUGACAGGCUAAAUGCUAAGUCCUAAUGAUUACUCAAAUAUUCUUUACUAAAAUUGCUUUUAAACAAAAAUGUUGCCUUUCCUUGUGUUGCUCCGAGUUUAAAGGGAUCAGCGUCUCUGGUCUUCUCCCGGACUAGAUAGUAAACAACAAAACAAUAUGGCGGACCCAUGGUUUUUUGUUUGGCAAACAUGUGAUGGUUAGGUGAAUAAUAACUAACAUCUCGGGAUAACAAAUUUCAAGGUUCAUCAGAAAAAUUUCAUGAAUGAGAUCGAUCGUUACCAUAGACCAUUAAUUUCCGAGUUUCCUUGUGCCUUUGUUUCAAAACGAGUCUAAGCAUUUUCCUGUGAAAAUAACUUUGAUCUGAUCGAAAAUGAACCACGUAGACUCGUUUUGACACAGAGGCAAGAGGUAACUCAGAGAUGGCCUGUUAUGUUGACAAAAAAACCCCAUCCUUUUUGAGGUUGAAAAAAGCUGUUUAGGAAGGUUCUCGUAUCUUAGAGUUUGGUUUAAACUGUUGAGUAGUUAUUUAGUUCUUUCCCUUUUACGAAGUCCCCUCUCCUUUGUUGAAGUUUUUUGACAUUCUACACCACCCGACGUUCUCUGCUGGUGAACGUUUCCUUCGUUUGUCAGUCGACUAACUUUGUGCGUGUGUUCUUUUCGUUUUCGUUUGAUAGAGAGAAUGUCUCCUUAAUAUGCAAACUACUUUAACAAUGCAGCAGGAUUUUCUGUCUUU